CCGAAAAGCGCCACCGUUCAAACCGUUCGCGAACGCUUUUGUUUACUGAACGCGCCCCUGUUGACUGGUUGACGUCCGCUACACACAGUUUUUGUAGAAGCCCGGUGUGUUGCUGCGUGUGCCUGAAAGCGAUGGCGAAUGAUGAAGAAAAACCUCACGGUUGUUUGAAGUCGUGCAGUAAUGCACUGGUAACGGCUUUGGAAAGGCUGUUUUACAGACAUGGUAAAUUUGUUGGGAAGCACCCGUGGUUGACUAUUCUGUGUGGCAUGAUUAUCGGUGGUUUAUGUGGAGUUGGUAUGCUUGGAUUUACAGAAGAGAACAGACAGGAAAAACUUUGGGUUCCAAUCGGUUCAGUGUCUAUUAAUCACCAGGCAUGGGUGAAAGAAUUUUUCUCCAUGGUAUCAGAGUUUCACAGUUCAUCAUAGAGGCUGAUAACGUGCUAACACCAUCUGUAUUACAAUCUAUGUUAACAAUAGACCAGUCUGCUAGAACUGUGAAUGCAUCGGGACAAGACUGGGAAAGUGUGUGCUACAGAAUUUCCGGGUCAUGCUGGUCAAACAGUUUAUUAGAACUAUGGGCAUUUAAUGAGACUACUAUAUUAGGACUUACACAAGAAGACAUCCUAGAUAGGAUUAAUCAAGACAAUAUUUCUAGUCCAGUUACCUUUGCACCAAUUGAUGUUGAGAAAUGGCUUGGUGACGUUACCGAAGAUGAUGGAAGAAUUAUUGCUGCUAAGGCAACAAUUAUGACGUAUUUUUUGGAAGAUAAUAGAGAAUACGAUCCUGUAUCUAAGAGAGAGAUUGAUCUUGCUGCACAGGCCUGGGAAUCUGAAUUUAUUUUAUUAAGGCUAGAAAAUUACCCUGAUGUGGAUAAUGUGUAUGGGUUCACUCAAACAAGUUUAAGAGAAGAAACCGGUAACACUAUUUCCAGUGAUGUGCCCUUGCUAUCUGCUGGCUAUAUGCUAAUUUUAUUGUAUGCCAUUGUCAUGAUUGGAAGAUUCACUAUGGUAGAACAUAAGAUCUACGUUGGUCUUGGUGGCAUCAUUUGUGCUGGCUUAGCUAUUUUGGUCUCUAUCGGUUUAUCUUCAGCAAUGGGGUUCUUUUAUGGUCCAGUACACACUAUUCUACCGUUUCUACUAUUAGGUAUUGGUGUGGAUGACAUGUUUGUUGUUGUACAGGCACUCAAUAACUUAUCUCCUGAAGUAAAACAGCAUGGUAGUACAUCAGAGAAAAUAGGACAGACUCUUAAGCAUGCAGGUGUUUCCGUGACAGUAACAUCUAUUACAGAUUUCCUAGCAUUUGGUAUCGGUGCUACAACCAUUCUUCCAGCUCUCAGGUCUUUCUGCUUCUUUUGUGCCAUAGGCAUCCUUUUCUUGUUUUUGUUCAGUAUCACCAUUUUUGCUGCAAUGCUUGCAAUUGAUCUUAAUCGUAUCAACGCCAACCGAGAUGCUUGCUGUUGCUGUUUUACACAUAGUAGUUCCUAUCAACCGUGGACAUGCGGCACUAAAGACAGACUACAGUACUUCUUCAGAAACAUUUAUGGUAGUUUUAUUAUAAAGUUACCUGUAAAGAUAUGUGUCAUUGUUGUGGCACUUGGUUUGCUCGCAGUCAACAUCUGGGGAACCAUUAAUCUGAAACAGCAGUUUAAAUUUGAGUGGUUCUUACCGGAAGAUUCUUUCAUUGUAUCCUACAUCAACACAGCUGACAAGUAUUUCCCAUCAUCAGGAGUACUAGCAAAUGUGUAUGCAGUCAACGUGAAUUAUUACACCGAGUUUGAAGCGAUGGAUAACAUCUACAGCGAACUGAAGGAUGACCCCUAUGUCUUGGACUCGUCUGUUGACAGUUGGUACAAUGAUUUUAGAAACUGGAUGGUAAUUACUAAAGCCGGUGAUGUUUAUUUGGGAGUCAAUGAUAUGCCUACAAAUGAGACUGUAUAUCAUGCCUGGGUUAGUGAGUUUCUCAGUACAACUGCUGAAGGCAUGCGUCAUGUGGAUGAUAUCAAGUUUGCUGGGGGAGAAGUGUCUUUCUCGCGAAUUAACUUUCAGUUUCGUACGUUGGAAAAUUCUGCUGAAGAAAUUGAAGCGAUGGAUAGUGUUAGGAGUAUAGUUAAGAACGCUGGGUUUAUCGAAAACGAUGCAAGUUUUGUUUAUUCCGAGCUAUUCCUUGGUUGGGAUGCUAAUAAGGUGAUCAGAGCAGAGUUGUAUCGUAACUUAGGACUUGCUUUGCUAGCAGUAUUUUUAGUUACUCUGAUAUUAAUUGCAAACCUAUGGACAUCAAUAUUGGUUUUCCUGUGUGUAGCGCUAACACUGGUGGAUGUAACCGGUAUGAUGUAUGUAUGGGGAUUAACUAUUGAUACUGUAACAACUAUUAAUCUAAUUCUAGCUGUGGGAUUAGCCGUGGAUUAUGCAGCACAUAUUGGUCAUUCUUUUAUGACAAUCACAGGUUCAAGAAAUGAUCGUACUCGUCAAACUCUGGGUGAUAUCGGUCCCGCUGUAUUCAAUGGUGGAUUUAGUACAUUCUUAGCAUUUGUACUCCUUAUUGCAUCAAGUUCUUACAUUUUCAAAGUGUUUUUCAAGAUAUUUUUCCUGGUAGUUUUGUUUGGUUUAUUCCAUGGCCUGGUAUUUCUACCCGUGAUGUUAAGCUGGACUGGUCCAUCUCCUUAUCUGUCAGCAGAAAUAUCAUCGACUGAUGAGGAUUCUGAUGACGUGAAGCUUCACCCAAGGGAGAACGCUAUAUCCAGGGCAAUGGAGGGUCAUACGAGUCCCAUUCAUAUACCCAGAGCGAACGUAGCUGUAGUUGUGAGCGAAACUCAGAAUGAAACUGCUACGACAAAUAAUGGUAUUUUCAUAGGAAGUAGACAAGCAAAUUAUACCUCGCCUAAUAUUCAAGCUACAGAGGAUGAUACAUAUAAAUCACCAUCAUCAUCACCGUCCAGAACAUACAGUAGUCAUGUUUCUCCUACAACCAUACCAAGUGUUGAUGCCUAAGCAAAGGGUUAUGCAAAAUAGUGAUGCAGUUAGCAGAAUAAAUGUUGUGUGAA